AUGAACACUGCUUCAAAAACCCGAAAGCCCCAAAUUAAUAAUUUUACCUCAAUUUUGGACCAGAUCCUAAAAAAAUAUAACUUGUCCGCCGAAUCUAAUCCAUCACAAUUAAGUAUCUAUGCUAGUGAACUCGGUGCUAUGUUACCAGAUUGGAAAGCUCGUAAAAAUGUGAAAGAAGCUCUUCGCCGACGUCAAUUUAAAGAAGAACAGAUCAAGGCUCUUGUACCGGAUAAAAGGAAUGAAAAACUUACUAUUAGGGAAAGAGUUCAAUAUUGCGCUAAAAGUGGUGAUCCGUAUGAUAUUUACUUACAUGCUUUAGAUUUAGUCAAGACAAAAAAUGAUAGUGAUGAAGAAAUU